ACUAGUAUUUUAUUUGCUAGUACUUAUUUAUACUAGUACUUAUUUGUGGAAGGACCGGUGCAUCUCCAGCUGCUGGACUUUAAGUGAUUCAAUAACAACACCGAGAUGAAAAACCUAAAGGAGUCAAGCCGCGAAGUGGGACUUAAAGUCCUCCAAGGGGAAUACAAAUUAUUCCCCAAGCCACAACGCAGCACCGUUUGGAAGGUGUUCCAGGAAAUUGCCCGCCCCGAUGGAACGAAGUUGAAGAACUUCCAUUUUUGUACCGGAUGCAAGCGCGUCAUGCGUGGAUAUAGCUCAUCAAAUUUUCGUACCCACAUGUGCCAUGUCAAAUACAUUGCGCGUAUGCAAAAGGAAGCCAAAGAACAGACUAAGACUAUCAGUCCCGAGGAGACAGUGCAGGAAAACAUCAAAAAACCGCUCCGUGUCAAUGGCAGGACUAAUGGUCAUUUUAGGUGGUCACCAAAGGCAACCAGGUUAUUGUUCCACCUGUGGUCCGACAAUAUUAACGAUUUGCUGGAAGGACGCCAAUCAUUGGAUAUUCUUAAAAAGAUGGCUGAUAAUAUGAGCUAUUUGGGCGUGACGUCCAUGGAUAUUAAAGAUAAAAUGGAUGAAACAGUCGAAAAAUAUCGGCAAGAAGAAAAUAAGGAGAAACUGACAGGUAAACCGUCUAAAUGGACCAGUUACAAAAGUGUACAGAAACUUCUCUCCGAAAAGGAAAACAAGACUGAAAAUUUCAAUGACAUACCGUCCUUGAAACGGAAACAUAGUUUUAACGAGACGCCACUUGAAAAUGAAUCAGAGCAGCAGGAUGAAGGAGUUGUUAAUGAUGCAGAUGAUCUGGUGGACGAGCUGGCAAGGCUUAAGGACAAUAUUAUAAAGGAUAUAGAAGCAUCUUUGGAAAAUUACGAAGAAGAACUCGACAGUCAGACGUCCACAGAAAAUCCUAACAAAAGAGCUCGGCUUAAUAGGGAAGAUAGACUUUUGGAAAUUAAAGAGAAAAGGCUUGCCAUAGAAAGCGAGAAACUGGUGUUAGAAAAAGAAAAGUUGCAGGUUUUAAAGAACCUCUUGAAAGAGAUUUCUUCGUUUCAUAAUGAUCUAAGCAAAAUAUUUCUGUCCAAAUAACGACAAUCGAUCUAAAUUAUUACGAUGCCAUUGAUAAUUAAGUAUGAGUUGUUAAAUUAUAAUAAAUGCGUAUUGAUUCGA